UGGAUAUGACUUUGGCUAUCUAAUCAAAAUCCUGACAAACUCUAAUCUACCUGAAGAAGAGCUGGACUUCUUUGAGAUACUGCGAUUGUUUUUCCCUGUUAUCUAUGAUGUAAAAUAUCUCAUGAAGAGUUGCAAAAAUCUGAAGGGUGGAUUACAAGAAGUGGCUGAGCAGUUAGAGCUGGAAAGGAUAGGACCACAGCAUCAGGCAGGAUCUGAUUCUUUACUCACAGGAAUGGCCUUUUUCAAAAUGAGAGAA